CUGCAUGGCGCGGAAGCCUCGCCGAGCCCUCCGUCGAGCUUGGGCCGGAGCGCCCUGAACGCCGCGCCCGGGAGGGGAUCGCCCGGCGCCCCAGCCAUGGGGAGCAAGGGGCACUGCCGCUAUCACUGGCAGAGCCACAACGUGAAGCAGAGUGGCGUGGAUGACAUGGUGCUUCUCUCCAAGAUCUCCGAAGACGCCAUCGUGGAGAACCUCAAGAAACGCUACAUGGAUGACUAUAUCUUUACAUACAUCGGGUCAGUCCUGAUCUCUGUGAAUCCAUUCAAGCAGAUGCCCUAUUUUGGAGAGAAAGAAAUCGAAAUGUACCAAGGAGCCGCUCAGUAUGAAAACCCGCCACAUAUCUAUGCUCUGGCAGACAAUAUGUACCGAAACAUGAUAAUCGACAGAGAGAACCAGUGUGUGAUAAUCAGUGGCGAAAGUGGAGCUGGGAAGACUGUAGGAGCCAAGUACAUUAUGAGUUACAUCUCCAAAAUUUCAGGAGGCGGCCCUAAAGUGCAGCACGUGAAGGACAUUAUUCUGCAGUCAAAUCCUCUGCUGGAGGCUUUUGGGAAUGCCAAGACAGUUCGAAACAACAAUUCCAGCAGAUUUGGGAAAUACUUUGAAAUCCAGUUUAGUCCAGGUGGGGAACCAGAUGGAGGCAAGAUAUCCAACUUCCUGCUGGAGAAAUCGCGGGUGGUCAUGAGGAAUCCUGGGGAAAGGAGCUUCCACAUUUUUUACCAGCUGAUUGAAGGGGCUUCCGUGGAGCAGAAGUCCACCCUCGGCAUCACUAGCAUGGACUAUUAUCACUAUCUGAGUCUCUCAGGAUCCUACAAAGUGGAGGACAUCAAUGACAAAUUGGAUUUCCAGGAAACACUGCACGCCAUGAACGUGAUCGGGAUCUUUGCGGACGAGCAGGCUUUGGUGCUGCAGAUCGUGGCUGGGGUACUCCACCUGGGCAAUAUAAGCUUCAAAGAAGUGGGCAACUAUGCUGCUGUGGAGAGCGAGGAGUUCUUGGCGUUUCCAGCCUUCCUUCUGGGUAUUGACCAGGGCCGCCUCAAAGAGAAGCUGACCAGCCGGCAGAUGGACAGCAAGUGGGGGGGCAAGUCGGAAUCCAUCCAUGUGACCCUCAACGUGGAGCAGGCCUGCUACACCAGGGAUGCCCUGGCCAAGGCGCUUCAUGCCAGAGUCUUUGACUACUUGGUGGAUUCUAUUAAUAAAGCUAUGGAAAAAGAUCAUGAAGAAUAUAAUAUUGGGGUCCUGGACAUCUAUGGCUUUGAAAUAUUUCAGAAAAAUGGAUUCGAACAGUUUUGCAUCAAUUUUGUCAAUGAAAAGCUGCAGCAGAUCUUUAUUGAACUGACACUGAAGGCAGAACAGGAAGAAUAUGUGCAAGAAGGGAUCCGUUGGACGCCCAUAGACUACUUCAACAACAAGGUCGUUUGUGACCUCAUAGAGAAUAAAGUGAAUCCACCGGGGAUUAUGAGCAUUCUGGAUGACGUCUGUGCCACGAUGCAUGCGGUGGGGGAGGGAGCUGACCAGACCUUGCUGCAGAAGCUCCAGAUGCAGAUUGGGACGCAUGAGCACUUCAACAGCUGGAAUCAGGGCUUCAUCAUCCACCAUUAUGCUGGAAAGGUGUCCUAUGACAUGGAUGGAUUCUGCGAGAGGAACCGAGAUGUUCUUUUCAUGGACUUAAUUGAACUCAUGCAAAGCAGUGAAUUGCCUUUUAUAAAGGCUCUUUUUCCAGAAAACCUCCAAGCCGAUAAGAAAGGCCGGCCGACGACUGCUGGCAGCAAAAUCAAGAAACAAGCCAAUGACCUUGUUGGAACCCUGAUGAAAUGCACGCCUCAUUACAUCCGCUGCAUAAAGCCAAAUGAAACAAAAAAGCCUCGAGACUGGGAAGAAAGCAGGGUAAAGCACCAAGUGGAGUAUCUUGGGCUUAAAGAAAAUAUUCGAGUACGGCGAGCCGGUUACGCUUAUAGGCGAGCGUUCCAGAAAUUCUUACAAAGGUAUGCCAUCCUGACCAAAGCAACCUGGCCUUCCUGGAAAGGGGAUGAGAAGCAGGGUGUUCUUCACCUGCUCCACUCUGUAAAUAUGGACCCUGACCAGUACCAGCUUGGGAGAACAAAAAUCUUCAUCAAAGCUCCUGAGUCUCUCUUUUUGUUGGAAGAGAUGAGAGAACGGAAAUACGAUGGCUACGCUCGGGCAAUCCAGAAGGCGUGGCGGAAAUACGUGGCCAAGAAGAAAUAUGUGCAAAUGAGAGAAGAAGCUUCCGAUCUGCUGUUGAACAAGAAGGAGAGAAGGCGAAACAGCAUCAACAGGAACUUUGUGGGGGACUACAUAGGCAUGGAGGAGCAUCCGGAGCUGCGGCAGUUUGUGGGCAAGCGGGAAAAGAUAGAUUUUGCGGAUACCGUCACCAAGUACGACAGGAGGUUUAAGGGCAUUAAGCGAGACCUCAUUCUCUCUCCGAAAUGCGUGUACCUGAUCGGGCGUGAAAAGGUCAAGCAGGGCCCAGAGAAAGGCCAGGUGAAGGAGGUGCUCAAGCGACGGAUUGAGGUGGAGAGAAUCCUCUCCAUUUCGCUAAGCACAAUGCAGGAUGACCUCUUCGUCGUGCACGAGCAGGAAUACGACAGUCUCCUCGAAUCUGUCUUCAAGACAGAGUUCCUCAGCCUGUUGUCAAAGCGCUACGAGGAGAAGACACAAAGGAGGCUGCCUCUGAAGUUCAGCAACACGCUUGACGUGAAGUUGAAGAAGGAGAGCUGGGGGCCCUGGAAGGCGGGCGGCUCUCGGCAGGUGCAGUUCAGCCAAGGCCAGGGAGACGUGGCUGUCCUCAAGCCAAGCAAUAAAGUGCUGCAGGUCAGCAUUGGGCCCGGACUCCCAAAGAACUCCCGCCCCACCAGACGGUCCACCGCCCAGAGCAGAGGAUGGACAAGCAGGACGCAGGGGCACACCUACCCCCUGAGGGCUGCGCCGCCGCCGCCUGGUCUUCAUCAGAACGGGAUGAUAAAAAUCCCACCGCACACACCACACUCUCAAGGUCUAGCACGCCAGCGAGGCAGCCAACGGAGUCUGUACACUUCUAUGGCGUGCCCGCCUUUGCCGCAGGUCUCUGGUGGAUCGGGCAGAGUUUCCCAGCAGCUGGGCAGUCUGGAUUUCCUCAAAGUACCCGAUCAGGGUGCUGCCGGCGCUCGCAGGCAGACUACAAGCCGCCCCCCUCCCGCAGGCGGCAGGCCCAAGCCGCAGCCCAAACCAAAGCCUCAGGUACCCCAGUGCAGAGCACUGUAUGCCUAUGAUGCUCAGGACACAGACGAACUCAGCUUUAACGCCAAUGACUUAAUCGAUAUCAUCAGAGAAGAUCCCUCAGGCUGGUGGACAGGCAGGCUAAGAGGGAAACAAGGACUCUUUCCGAACAAUUACGUGACCAAGGUGUAAUCCUGCAGGCGGAGAGGCCCUUCUCAAGCACAAGGUGCCCGUGGAGAGUUUCCAACCCUUCUGAUCGACACCAUCACCACCACUGUUGCAUCAGUGAAGUUCAGAGGUGGCAUGUGGGCACGAGAGAGUCUGCUUAUUCUCCCAGAAGCCAAAGCACAUGCCUCAGAGGCCCCCCGAAAUACCAAACCAAGGAAUUAUUUAUUUUAUUUAAUGCUUUUUUUUGCAUGAAGGAUGAGGAGCGGGUCUAAAUUACAUUCCAUUCGUUUCUUAAAGUUCCAGAUGCAGCAGGUGCUUUGCAAGGACUUCAGAAGAAUUCCCCUUUUUUUCCAAGUGCCUUUAGUUGCUCUGUUGACUCUCUCCUAAAUUAUGUAACACAAUAAUGGCAUUAUAUGCACAUUUCCUCUGUUGAUGACCCCUCAGAGGAGCUCAGUAAUAAGUUAUGCUGCUACCUGCCUUAGAAAUGUAGGUUUUUAACAUUGUAUUUCUUCUGGAAUCUUGUUGUUUUCUCCUGCCCCAACAUAUUUUGAAAGACAUCAAAACAUUCUUGCCCAGGUUUGCUUGUGAACUUCGGAGAUUCCAAAAGGGCCUUGCAGCCCAAGGAAGAGACAGUAUUGCAUUGUAUCCCAUAAAUGGUUCAUGUGGCUGGUCCAUGUUGAGGCUAACUAUUGCAGUAUGUCUUGAGGUGCACACUCCCCCCGCUCACCUCCUCCAAGGAAACUAAACUAAGGUUAAGAUCAUAUAACAAUGUACUUUUAAAAAUCAGUAAGAGGUAAAUCUGUAUGAAUGCACCCUAAUCCUAUCCAUAAAGGUGGCUUGAUUAGUAUUUUGGGGCCUGGUACUUCAGCAUACACACUAUGAAGAGAUGAAGCCAGUGUUAAGAAAGCUCCGAGUGAGUCCAGCUGCCCCUCCACACUUAUGGAUGAUGUUGCUUACCCACUGCAUGUCCUCGGUUUAUCCAAAUGCUUUCUCAACCACCAUCAAUAAAAACGUAGGAACUCCUA